UUAACGUCGUCUUCUUCUCUUCACGUAGACAAGUUUUCAAUCUCAGUUUUUAGUUCUUCAUGGAGAACAAGGGGACAGCAGCUGCGCCGGCGGUGCCGGAGAAGGAGGCGCAGGCGGUGGCGGCGACGUCGUGCUUCAAGAGGACGGUGGGCGAGGACGCGUCGCUGUUGGAGCUGGCCAAGGACCAGUACCGGCAGUUCGCGGAGGCGCAGGGUCGGGACCACUGGGAGUGCAUCAAGAACAAGGUCAGCUCCAUGUUCGCCGACCCCAUCUUCGGCGGAGGCGCCAAGGACCACGGCUCAACCAACACGACGCCGCCCGUCGAGUCGCAGUAGAUCGCCGUCGUCUAGAUGGCCUAUAUAUAUAUCGUUAUCACUACUCACUCCAUGAGGAUCGUUAGUUGGUUGGGUCUUUUUACUUCUAGAUUAAUUAAACUUGUAUCGUCGUCAUUAUGUAUAAUAUUUUUGGAUUUUGAGUUAAUUAAACUACUACC